AUGUCCGAAAGACCCAUUCUCAUGUCCAAACAGCUCUGCCUUGGCGCCAACUUAGUCUAUAAGCAGCCGGUGCUCUCGUAUGGCAGAGCUGCCGUGAAGCCACGGAGAGACCAUCUCGAAGAUGAGCCAAUUAGCCUGACUACACCGACGUCUAGCAUUGUUGUCCUACUCCGCCUGUUACACGAAGAUGUGAUGCAACCGGUUACUUCUUUGAUUAAUGCUAAAAGAUAG